ACAAUGAUGCGUGCUGCGCGUUUUGGUGCUGAUGAGAUGCAGACUACUUUACCAAAAUCCUCGAGGACAACCUCAAGGCCGUCGUCAAGCCCCAGUAUGUCGACCAGAUUCCCAAGGCUAUCAGGGGCCCCGAAAGGGCUGUCGGAAAGCUCAUCGCUGCGCGCUCGCAAAUGGACAACCUUGACGAGAUGAUCAAUGAACUGGAGUUGAGGCACAUCUUCGACCGAGAGGUCAACCUGCUCUCCGGUGGAGAACUUCAGCGCUUCGCCAUUGCCCUGGUCUGCGUACAGAAGGCCGAUGUGUACAUGUUCGACGAGCCGUCGUCCUUCCUGGAUGUCAAGCAGCGUCUUGCUGCCGCCCGCAAGAUCCGUAGCUUGCUCCGCCCUGACGACUACGUCAUCUGCGUCGAGCACGAUUUGUCCGUCCUCGACUACCUUUCCGACUUCAUCUGCGUUCUCUACGGAAAGCCCGCCGUCUACGGUGUCGUCACGCUUCCAGCCUCCGUUCGUGAAGGCAUCAAUAUCUUCUUGGACGGUAACAUCCCAACUGAGAAUCUGCGUUUCCGUGAAGAAUCGCUGCAGUUCCGCAUUAGCGAGGCUAGUGACGAGUUCCCGGUGGACCACGACCACGACUACAGCUACCCGAAGAUGUCGAGGACCCAAGGCAACUUCAAGCUGGACAUCCAGGCUGGAGAUUUCAACGACUCCGAGAUCAUUGUCAUGAUGGGCGAGAACGGUACCGGAAAGACAACUUUCUGUAAGAUGCUGGCUGGUGCCCUUCAGCCAGACGGCACAACCAAGGUUCCCAAGAUGAGCAUCUCGAUGAAACCCCAGACGAUCACUCCCAAAUUCCAGGGUACUGUGCGUCAGCUGUUCUUCAAGAAGAUCAAGGCUGCUUUCUUGAACCCCCAGUUCCAGACCGAUGUCUACAAGCCACUCAAGAUGGACGACUUCAUCGACCAAGAAGUCCAGAACUUGUCUGGUGGUGAAUUGCAGCGUGUUGCUAUUGUCCUGGCUCUGGGUAUGCCAGCUGAUAUCUACCUGAUCGAUGAGCCCAGUGCUUACCUCGAUUCCGAGCAGCGUAUCAUUGCUGCUCGUGUCAUCAAGCGAUUCAUCAUGCACGCCAAGAAGACCGCUUUUGUCGUUGAGCACGAUUUCGUCAUGGCUACCUACCUUGCUGACCGUGUCAUCGUCUUUGAUGGCCAGCCUGCAGUCCACGCCCGUGCUCGCGCACCCGAGUCGCUUCUUUCAGGCUGCAACUCCUUCCUGAAGAACCUGGAUGUUACAUUCCGUCGCGAUCCCAACUCUUACCGCCCGCGUAUCAACAAGUAUAACUCCCAGCUUGAUCAGGAGCAGAAGCUGAAUGGCAACUACUUCUUCUUGGAAGAUGAUGCUUGAAGUUGUUCAUGACCAAAAAUACAAUACCCCUCCCCAGCGCCGCCCUGAUGGGCGUGCAGCGAUUGGGGGGACCAAAAAGGGCAACAAGAAGCGGAGUCUGAGGGUACACUCAAGCUCUCUGGAUGAGACCCUUGAGUGUGAUGAAGAUAAUGAGGAGGACGAAAGGUCGUGAUGGCGGUCGACCUCCUGCGCUGUUUGAU